GAGCAACGCACCUUACCUGAAAUCUUUCAGCGACUCUUAUUGGUUCUGCUGUUUAAUUUAGACGUAUUUUUGAACAUCUCAUUGCAUGUUCUUAUUGUGUAAGUGUGAGAGAGAUCAGGAAGAACAGAAGGACCAGAGGAGUUUUACUACAAUGAAACGAAUAUUGAUCCUGAUGCUGCUCGCGCUCGGGCUCGGGCUGUCCUGCGUGCGUGCGCACAGAGUGAAUAAGCACAAGCCAUGGAUCGAGAGCUCAUACCACGGCGUCAUCACAGAAAACACAGAUGCGGUUCUGUUGGAUCCUCCUUUAGUGGCUCUGGACAAAGACGCUCCAGUUCCGUAUGCUGGUGAAAUCUGUGGCUUUCACGUGCAGGGGCUCAGCGCUCCGUUCGAGGCUGUGGUUCUGAACCGCACGUCAGGAGAGGGCCGUCUGCGGGCGCAUGGACCGAUCGACUGCGAGCGACAGAGAGAGUUCACCUUCAUCGUUCAAGCUCACGACUGUGGCACGGGACCGGAGGGACACGCAGAGAGGAGAUCACACAAGGCUGUGGUGCAUGUGCAGGUGGGAGAUGUGAAUGAGUUUUCCCCCAUGUUUGGUCAGUUGGAGUAUCACGGCUCGGUGACGGAGGGCAAAGUGUAUGACAGUAUUCUGCAGGUGCAGGCAUCAGACCAGGACUGCUCUCCACAAUACAGCCAGAUCUGCAACUACCAGAUCACCUCUCAGGACACAGCCUUCGCUAUAGACCGCAACGGUCACAUCAGGAACACAGAGAGCCUGAGCUUUGAUAAGAAGUCACAUUAUAAAAUCCGUGUGACGGCGUUCGACUGUGGUCAGAAGAGAGCGGCGCAGGACGCUGUCGUACACAUCCACGUCAAGCCCAUCUGCAAGCCUGGAUGGCAGGGCUGGAGCAAGCUCGUUGACUAUGAACCAGGAAUGGGCAGUAAGCUGUUAUUUCCCAAGAUGCACCUGGAGACAUGUGCGGGAUCGGUGUCGUGGAUCAGGACCACAGUGGAGCUGGAGACGAGCGGUGCUGGGAGAGGCUGUGACAGACAGUCUUACUCUGAACGAUCCUUACAGAAGCUCUGCGGAGCUUCAUCAGGCAGCACAGAUCUUCUGCCGGCCUCCAGCAGUGUUUUUAAUUGGACGGUGACUCUUGUGACGGAUGGUGGCCGGGACAGUGACCUCACAUACCGAUUUGAUGGUCGUCAAGCUGCCAAGAUCCCAGACUGGGUCGUCCCACAGAAUCUAACCCAUCAGUUCACCAUAACCACAUGGAUGAAGCACGGCCCGAGUCCAGGACAGAGAGCCGAGAAAGAAACGCUGCUCUGCAACUCUGACAAAACAGAGAUGAACCGACACCAUUACUCUCUGUAUGUGCAUAACUGCAGGCUGGUUUUCCUGCUGAGGACGGACUACACUCAGACAGACUCCUUCAGACCGGCUGAAUUCCACUGGAAAUUAGAGCAGAUCUGUGAUAAGGAGUGGCAUUAUUACGUCAUCAGCGUCGAUUUCCCAGUGGUGACUCUAUAUGUGGACGGCGUGACCUAUGACCCGUACCUGGUAACAGAUGACUGGCCCAUCCACUCCUCUCAGAUCGACGUGCAGCUCACUGUAGGAGCCUGCUGGCAAGGUGGUGAGGUCUCUAAAGCAAAGUUUACGCAGUAUUUCAGAGGCAGUUUGUCUGGACUGAUGAUACGACCAGGAAAGAUCGAAAACCAGAAGAUCAUCUCCUGCCUACAGGCCUGCAAAGAAGGAUUGGAAAUCACCUCACUGGAGAGCCUCGGACAGAGGAUAAAGUUUCAUCUGAAUCCCGCUCAGUCUCUGGUGGUGAUGGAGGGAGAGGAUCUGGAGCAGAUGAACGCCGCACUGAGAAAAGUUUCUUACAUCAACUCUCGGCAGUUUCCCACCAAGGGAGCGCGUCACCUCCGGAUCUCAACGGCAGUGCAGUGUUUCGGGGAGGAUGUGUGUAUUUCCGUCCCUGAUAUUGAGGCGGUUGUCAUGGUAAUGCAGCCUAGUGAACCAUGCAUCACAAUCACUGGGGCGGAGCACCUGACCGUCCCCGCCUCCGACCUUGCCCUCGGCCUAUCCCUAUUCAGAGAUUUGCAUAUCAUCAGCACAGUAACAAAAAGCGACGGACAGACAAACACAGAUCACAGGUCAGGUGCAUUUAAGGAAAUCACACAUAAUCUGGACUACUGUGACAUCAUGGUGUUGGGGGAGGAGUUAAGGGCGGGGCUAGAGAGUCUGGAACUGCACCAUAGCGCCUUAUUGGGCAAACACCUGGAAUAUGCCAACUCCAGCACUGGCAUGUCCAUAUAUGGUCUGGACUCCAUCUCUCACUACACAGAGGUGAUCGGACAGGUGCGUUAUCAGAGCCGUCGGGCUGUCGAUUCUGUCCGCACCUUCAAACUCACCUGUUCUGAACUCAGCGGACAUUACACCAGCGAUCAGUAUACAUUACAGGUCAACAUCCUUCACAGUGAGGAAGCUAUUGAACAUGUCAGUCAUGCGAUUGCUCCACCCAAAUACAUGCAAAUUAUUCAUCCUACAGUCAUAGAAUCUAACAGCUACAGCAUAGUCGUACCUGCCGUUGCUACUGCAGUCAUUGUGCUGUGUAUCGCCGCCCUGCUGGUGGUGCUGCUGAGUGUUUACCUCUUCAACCAACCACAAAACCAAGAGCACAUUCACACGCACACGCUGCCAGAGAAACAAGCGGACUGUGACGGAUCCUCUCUCUCCAUCACUGUCAACCCUCUGGAGAGCUUUCAGGAGCUUCAGUCAGCAGAAGUAACUGAGGAGGAAGAGGAAGAAGACGAGGAAGAGGACUGUGAUAUCUCUAGUACCGACUCAGACAGCGAUGAAGAGGAAACUACCACGUCUUUCAUACAUCAUCAAACAAGGAUGCAAUGGGGAACAUCAACAUUACACUGAUGAAAACACAUUCACACAAACACAACGCUCUACCUGUAGCAUUCUAGUGACCUGCAAUACACGCGAGUUGACGUGCAAACACACUUCGAAAGACUUUGAAACAGCUCUGAUCCUUUGUGAUACUGUUUUUGGUGUGAGGUGACAAACUAAUAAAAGUCCUGCAUCCCGUCUGAUCCCUUUACACUCUCUGUCUCUACCGCUGGAGGACAAAAACAAAAUAUGAGACAGUGAAGUCACAGAAGAAACUCGAGCAGCCGCCUGUUCAGGCUUUUGAUU